AUUAGAUAGUAAGGUAGUGGUGGUUUAUGGGUAGAAAGAAAUGAAAAUAGUUAGGCAGGCAGUCUCAUCUAACCCCCAACUACAAUUCGCCCCCCUAUUAAUUGCUAAUAUUCAUCUUCACAACUUCCUCACAUGCCAUCCCUAGUUUAUAAUUAAAUUACAUUAGGAGGAUUUAUAUCCUUCAACUAACCCCCAAUUCAUAGAUCUUGUACCUGACGAAGAACAAAGAUGAAGGUGCUCGUCACCACUCGUAGCGGCCGAGAACUCAUCAAGGGUGGCCUCAACCUCACCGAUUCCGCUUCUGUGGCUGAUCUGCAGGACGCCAUUCAUAAGCGGACCAAAAAAUUCUAUCCCUCGAGACAGCGACUAACACUUCCUCUGCCACCUGGAUCGAAGCAAAGGCCAACUGUCCUCAACUACAAAAAGAAUCUCAAGGAAUAUACCGAUGGGAACACAGACGAGCUAACCGUAGUUUUCAAAGACCUCGGCACACAAGUCAACUACAGCACUCUUUUCUUCUUCGAGUAUUUGGGCCCGCUUCUUCUCUAUCCCGUCUUCUAUUACUAUUACCCAGUGUACAACUUUUUCGGAUACAAAGGAGAGCGCGCGACAAUCCACCCUGCUCAAACGUACGCCCUUUACUACUGGUGCUUCCACUACUUCAAACGUAUAAUGGAGACGUUUUUCGUGCACCGUUUCAGCCACGCCACGUCACCGCUUUCGAAUGUGUUUCGGAACUGUGCUUACUACUGGACUUUCGGCGCUUGGAUUGCUUACUACGUUAACCAUCCACUUUACACGCCCGUGAGCGAUCUCCAAAUGAAGAUUGGAUUUGCUUUUGGGGUUCUUUGCCAAGUUUCGAAUUUUUAUUGCCAUAUUUUGUUGAGGAAUCUUCGUAGCAGUGAGGGGGGUGGGUACCAAAUCCCGCGUGGAUUCUUGUUCAACGUCGUUACGUGCGCGAAUUAUACUACCGAGAUUUAUCAGUGGCUUGGCUUCAAUGUUGCCACGCAGACUGUUGCAGGUUACGUUUUCAUGGCUGUCGCUGCUGCCAUUAUGACUAAUUGGGCCCUCGCCAAACACCGUCGUCUCAAGAAGCUAUUUGACGGGAAAGAUGGAAGACCGAGAUAUCCUCGACGAUGGGUGAUACUCCCACCAUUCCUGUAGAAGUAAUGCUUCGAUUGUUGGAUUCGGUGCUUCUCUUUUUUAAUCAAGUAAAACAGUUCAAACAAUUUGAUUCUUAUUUAUGGGUCAGAAGAUUACAUUUGGAUCUUCUUAAUAUUUCUUGUUAUGGAGUUGUUGUCAUGGAAAAAAAAUAUUUAUUUGGCUAAGCUUGUAUUUUUUAUUUGUCCUGUUAAUCGUUGAUUUUCUCUUCAUAGUUUCUAAUUUUUCUGUAUCGGUGUGUAACGAGUCGAGCUCAAGUAAAUUUGUAUGAGCUCGAGCUUUAGCCGAGCUCGUUUGAGCGUAAAUUUCUUGAAGCUCAAGCUCAUCACCCUGGCUCACACGAGCUUUUGAUCACCUAUGCAAGCAAGUUUGGUUUU